UUACUUUGUUACAAUUUAUAAAUUUAAGCAUUUUUAUUUUCAAAAAAGUUUUACAUAAACUAUUGCGGGGUGGAAAAAUAAUAUUUUAGUAUGACAUCAACUGUUGCGAAGACAUCCACUGUUGCUGGGUGGAAAAAUUUAUUAAUCUCAGCACAAAGUUUAUCAGUUAGCAAUAUAAAGAAACUGUACAUGAAAGAUGGUUUGCUUGCAAUACAUAAACCUUAUGGCAUACCUGUUCAUGGAGGACCAAAAAUCAAACUUAGUAUAGCUGAUUUUUUGCCAGCUCUUGAGCAAAAGCAUGGAUUACUUGCUGGAAGCUUAGAGCUUGCUCAUAGAUUAGACAAGAACACUUCAGGUGUUUUGCUGCUCACAUACAAAAAAGAGAUGGCAAAAUAUUUAGCAGACCUGCAUGAGAAUCGACAAAUAGAGAAGUCUUACCUUGCUAUACUUUUAGGUAAUGUUAGUCGUGUUACAGGUGUACUAAAUGGGGAAUUGCAUGAAACCUUAAGAAAUGGCCAGUUUAAACAAACUAUUAAUGAAAUAUCUAUAAACAAAAGCUCUGUCGAAACAAAUUAUACGAUACUUGAUUCAAACCAAGAUACAUGCAUGCUUUGUUUGUUUAAAACAUUCACUGGAAAUAAGCAUCAAAUACGUGUUCAUGCAUACGAGUUACUAAAAUGCCCUAUACUUGGCGACCAUCGUUAUCACGCCAACAAAGGGCCGCAAACUUUGCCAAUACGCCUCAUUCAAAUGCUAAGAAUGCGUGGUGUAAAAAAUGAGGAGACAGGUUCAAGUAAAAUCCGCCCUUGGCAAAGAGGUCUACUUCCGAUGCAUCUUUUAACAAAAAGUAUACGAAUACCUGGGUUAGAUGGUAGUAAAGAUUUAACAAUAGAAACAAGUAUUCCGCCGUACUUUCAACAAACAAUGGAUCACCUUGAUCUUGUUUUAAACCGGGAGGAAGUUGAUGCAGCUCGUCUUCGAAAAAAGCAUAAGCUACUUAAACAUAUCAACCGUCGCGAAAGUUUGUUCGUUUCUAAAGGAAUAUCAAUUAAUAGUGAAUCUUUUAAAACAAGUGUAUAAAUUACGAAUGUUUUGAAAAA